GCAUGUGUGUAGUGGCAAGUUUCCAGAACCCAGAUGGGGUGAGUGUGAGUGAGUCAACAAGGAAGAAAAUUGUCCAAAGGAGUUCUUAAAAGACCAACACCUAGUGGCCCAGGUUGCAGGUCAGCAUAAAUAGCCCGUGCCUGUGGGCCAAGGAAGCACUCAUUUGCCUGGAGACCCUGAGCCUUCGAGGAAGCAAUGGCCAUGCUUCUCCUCUCUGUGCUGGUCCUGCUCACACAGUCUCCAAGGUCAUGGGGAGAAGAAGUGACAACCCUUCCCCAGAAACCUUUGAUUGAUGCCUGCACCCUAGUCAUGUGUAGCCCUGUGGAGAAUGGCCUGCCUGGUCGUGAUGGACAAGAUGGAAAAGAAGGCCCCCGGGGCGAGAAGGGGGAUCCAGGUUCACCAGGAGCUCCAGGGCCCAUGGGGAUGCCUGGACCUGCUGGCCCAGUUGGGCCCAAAGGGGACAACGGUCCUGCUGGAGAACCUGGACCAAAGGGAGACUCGGGGCCACGUGGACCUCCAGGACCUCCAGGUGUGCCCGGGCCGGCUGGACCAGAGGGUCCCUCAGGAAUGCAGGGGAAUGUGGGACCCCAAGGUGAACCAGGCCCCAAAGGAGAGCCUGGGCCCAAAGGAGAAGUGGGUGCCCCAGGCGUGCAGGGCUCUGCAGGGACAAGAGGCCCCCCAGGUUUCAGAGGAGAAAAUGGUGCCCCUGGUGAGCGUGGAGCCCCUGGGCUUCCAGGGGAAGCAGGGCCUGCAGGUCCUUCGGGCCCACAGGGACCUCCAGGCGCCAGGGGCCCCCCAGGACUGAAGGGGGGCAGAGGUGCUCCUGGGGAGAGAGGAGCCAAGGGAGAGAGUGGGCUUCCAGACAUCGCUGCUCUGAGGCAGCAGGUGGAGGCCUUGCAGGGGCAGGUAGGACGCCUGCAGGGAGCCUUCAUUCAGUGUAAGAAAGUGGAGCUCUUCCCCAACGGCCGAGGUGUUGACCAGAAGGUCUUCAAGGCAGCAGGCUUUCAGAAACCUUUCCAGGAGGCACAGCAAGUGUGCGCACAGGCUGGGGGGCAGCUGCCCUCCCCACGCUCUGCAGCUGAGAACAAGGCCUUGCAACAGCUGAUCGAGGUUGAGAACAAGGGUGCUGCGUUCCUGAGCAUGACUGACUCCAAGACGGAGGGCAAGUUCAUCUACCCUGGAGGGGAGUCCCUGGUCUAUUCCAACUGGAAGCCCGGGGAGCCCAACAACAAGGGUGGCAAUGAGGACUGUGUGGAGAUCUUCACCAACGGCAAGUGGAACGACAUACCCUGUGAAGAGAAGCGCCUUGUGAUCUGCGAGUUCUGAGCCCUCGGGGUGGGUGGGGCAGCCGAGGUCCAGGAGCCUGGCCCAGACCCGUGUGCUGCCAACAUGACAAGGAAGAGCUGAGGGCUCUGUGGCCGGGCUUCUGCAGAGUCAUGGGAUGAGGCCAGCCAAGGGCUCCCAUGGAACUCCUCU